AUGUGGCCUCAGAGUGACACAAGGAGACGCCGUAUCAUCGCUAGCAAAGGAGAUUCAACUCGGCACAAGUUCACAGCACAUGCAGCUUCGACAGGAGAGUACGAUGAUGACGGACGUUUACCGAGCACACCUUCAAGUCCGACUCCUCCAAGUAAACUCAACCCUUCUUAUUCGGUUUCUAGUGCUGGAUUUUAA